AUGUAUAUACUGUUUCGCUUUGUUAGAUUAAAAAGUUUGGUUGGCUGUUUGAGGUAUUCUGCAACUUUGGUGUUUAAGAGAUGGAGGAGAUCAGGUGGCCAACCUACAUUGGUUAUUCCUGAAUAUAUUCUUGAUCCAAUAUUUCAUACUGCGUAUUUAAUCAAAUCUCUUAAAUCAGAAGAAUACCUUGAACAUAAUAACAUCUACUAUGAUUUAAUCAGAUCUCUUAAAUCAGAAGAAUACCUUCGGGAUAACACAUAUGGAGAUUUUGAUUGUAACGAAGCUUUUAGGAUCAAGAAAUCCCCAGCUGAAGCCCUUGGAAUCGAAGAAGCCCUUGACAUACUUAUUGAAACUUGUAAAAAAGAUGAGGGUCGCUACAGAUUUGGUUGCGUAAAGUUCCUCCCUGUAGUUGUCGAGCUUGUAAGAUUUCUGACUUCCUCAAAGCCCUCAACUCAUUAUCCUCUUUACUUGUCUUUAAAACUUCUAAGAAACCUAUGUGGUGGAGAAAUAUUGAAUCAGAAUUGUUUGUUAGAAGUAGAUGGGCUUGCCGUUAUUGCUAGGGCUGUUGACACGGUGAAGAGUAAAAAGAACUAUGGUUUAGAGGUUGUGAAAACUGUGUUGGAGUUUCUGGGACAUUUUUGUCGGGCAGGAGAAGAACAUAUAAAUGCUGUUUGGUUUCGAUUCUUUCCUGGUAGAUUCAAAAAUACGGCUAAAACUCGGGAACGGGAUUUCUUGAACGUCUUGUGCAUGGUUGUCCAUACUUGCUGUGAUGGAAGUUAUGAAAUAAUGGGACAGCUUCAUGGGAUUGAAGGGGUACAACUUGUUGCUGAGAUGCUCGGAACUUCUCGAUUUGCUGGAGGAAUCAUAGAGGAUUGGCUGGUGGAGCUUCUGGAUACAAUCUGCCUCAAAGGAUCCUGUUUAGUGCCAUUGUUUAAAGAACUGAAAAGGCAAUUUGAUGCAUCUAUUGACAAUGCUGUCAAAAAGUUGGGUGAUUUGAAGGAUGAUGACAUUAAACAUGCACAUACAUAUCUGUUGCACUUGCUCACUAACAGAUUGAACGAGAAACGCUCAGAACCUAAUGUGUCUAAAGAGUUUGCCAUCUUUGUUCUUCGAUUAUUCAAGACUGCAGGAGCUGAUUACUUUGCGAAAGUCAAAUCUGGUUUAAUUUAUAAUCCUCUGGAUAUUAGUCUUAAAAACAACUACACAAGUGCCCUUCAACUUGUACAACAUUCAAUCUAUAUUGUGCACCGUUUAUAUAAAAAUGAUUUGAAAGUCAUUCCUUCACCUGGUACAAGUAGUUCAACAGCUGAAAAUUCAGUAUUCGAGUUGUUAUUGUCGUCGGGGCUGGUAGAUCAUCUUUUAUAUUAUCUUUGUCAAUUUGGGCCUCCCUUGGUCAAGAGAUUCACCUCUUCUGAACAACUGGAGGAGUUCAGUUUUGAAGCGUUGCGUAUGAGUACAAUUGUACUUAUCGGUAUCUGUGUGGAAGGAAGAAAGCAUGUACAAGAUGAAAUCAGGCAGAAAGGUUUUAUCCUUCUGCUAUUGCAGCAAUGUGAUAAAGAUCAGCCGCUGUUAAGAUUGAAUGGACUAAAGACAGUGAUGAAUUUGAUUGAUGGAAACAUAGAGAACCAGCAAGAAAUGAUUAAAUUGAUGAGAGGUGGAGGUGUGCCUCCACUUACCGGACCCGGGCGGUUGACGAUUGAAAAGGAGACUGGACGUGCUAGGUUAAGAGAUUGCUAA